AAAUCGGCGUAGGUGAAUGAGGAGCGUUACGUAGGUUUGGUUGUGUUUCUUAUGUAAAUUCUUGCUCCAGCAUUUGUACACUAUCAAAACAUUCCUUUCUUUUUGUGUGUGCAAACAAUUUUACUUUGUAUCAGUGGUGAUUUAGUUAGAUUUUACGCUCUAAUGGAAUUCAGAUCGUCAACAGUACACACUAAGCCUUUCGAUGAUCAAAAGCCGGGUACCAGCGGGCUGAGGAAGAAAGUCAAAGUUUUUCAGCAGAAGAAUUACACAGAAAAUUUUGUUCAAGCUAUAUUGAAUUCACUAGGUGAUGAGUUAAAAGGUUCGGUGCUUGUCCUAGGAGGCGAUGGCAGAUAUUAUGUCAAGGAUGCAGCAAAAUUGAUCGUCAAAAUGUGUGCCGCCAAUGGGGUUAAAAAAGUGAUAGUGGGCCAGCAUGGGAUUGUGUCAACUCCAGCUGUCUCAAACCUGAUAAGAAAGAGGAACACAACUGGAGGCAUUAUCUUGACUGCAAGUCACAAUCCUGGUGGCCCUGAUCAGGAUUUUGGAAUCAAAUUCAAUACAAAGAAUGGAGGACCAGCACCUGACAGUGUUACAACAGAAAUUUUUAAUAUCACUGUUCGUCUAGACUCCUAUAAUAUAGUUCCUGACCUUGACUGUGACAUUGACACAUUGGGUGUGAAUACAUACACUGUCGAUGGCAAAGAAUUUGUUGUGGAAGUUAUAGACUCGGUGGCUGACUAUGUAAGCCUUAUGAAGGAUAUAUUUGACUUCAGCAGCCUAAGAGACCUCCUUAAAGGGACUGAGAGUCGGGAUCCAUUCAGAGUCCUCAUCAAUUCGCUGAAUGGUGUUACUGGUCCUUAUGUGAGGGAGAUUUUCGUGAAUGAACUUGGAGCAGGUGAAAGUAGCAUAGUGAAUACUAAGCCCUUGGAAGAUUUUGGGGGUCUUCACCCAGAUCCUAAUUUAACAUAUGCUGCUGAGCUGGUUUCUGCCUUGAAAGAAGGUGUUCAUGAUUUUGGUGCAGCAUUUGAUGGCGAUGGGGACCGAAACAUGAUACUGGGGAAAAAUGCAUUCUUUGUGACACCUUCAGACUCGCUCGCUGUGCUGGGCUCCCAUCUGCGUCACAUACCAUACUUCAGAAUUGAAGGAGUGAAGGGAUUUGCCCGCAGCAUGCCAACUGCUGGUGCAAUUGAUAGAGUUGCGAAUGCUGUGGGUGUUGACUUUUAUGAGGUGCCCACAGGGUGGAAGUACUUUGGUUCCUUAAUGGAUGCAAGUCGGCUGUCUCUUUGUGGGGAGGAGAGCUUUGGCACUGGGUCUGACCAUAUCCGUGAGAAGGAUGGAAUAUGGGCCGCCCUGGCAUGGCUGCAAAUUAUUGCUUGUGAGAAGAAAAGUGUGGAAGAACUUUUGAUUUCACAUUGGAAGAGGUUUGGCAGGAACUUCUUUACCAGGUACGAUUAUGAGAAUUGCAAUGCAGAUGACUGUGCUCGCAUGAUGCACAAGCUUGAGCAGACUGUGACUUCACCUGCCUAUGUUGGGACACAACUCAGUCAUAAGAACAAAAGCUAUGUCGUCAAACUGGCAGACAACUUCCAUUAUGAGGAUCCAGUAGAUGGCAGCAUAGCAGCAAGACAGGGUAUCAGACUUCUCUUUGAGGAUGGCUCCCGCAUUAUUGUCAGAUUGAGUGGUACUGGAAGUUCAGGAGCAACUGUCAGGAUAUAUAUUGACAGUUAUGAAAAGGAUGAAAAUCUGUUGCUUGGGGAUGCACAGGUUGUGCUUUCUCCUCUGAUAAACAUUGCAUUGGAUGUGACAGAAAUUAAGAUUCACACUGGGAGGGAAGCUCCUACUGUCAUCACAUAAUGAGAGCUUGUAUACUUGAAACAGUGUUGGGAUUUUAGUCUAAUUUUUAUGUUAAACAGUAAAAAAGUGUAUUAAAACAAAACUGUUACAGAGUAUUUGAAGAUUAUGAAUGACACUUGUUAUGAUAACUGUCUUGUAACUUUUGAAUAGAGGAAUGUAUUAAGUGACUGAUACAGUUCCUUCAUGAUGAAAUGGCUGAAAUUCAUACUGUGCUGAAUUUGCUGAAUUCAGUAGAUAUUUUGAAUGUAUAAUAUGGAAGUUUAUCAGUUUGUAGCCCCUGUGCUUCUUCCAAACAAGGAUGUGAUGAUAAAACUACAUGAGGAUGUCGCAUAUAUUAGUAAUGUGUUUGUUGUUCUCGUUGUUUUGGAAGUAGUGGAGAUAUAUGAUGGAGGUUGUUUAGCUGGAUUUACAGUGUAGCCAGUGGAUCUGAAACCCUGCAAAAUAUGUGAACUACUAACAUAGAUUCCUCUUCCACUUCUGCUUUUGGGAAAAAUCUCUCUUGCCUCUUCCAAGUCGCUCUCCUCCCUCUUCUACUGGCUGUUACUGUACGGCCUUCACUGUUGUACAACCAAAGGUGAUUGACUGAUACCGAAGGCGGUGCUUUAUCCUUUUGAACAGAGUUGUUCAUAGUGGAGAAGGAAUUUCAUUCUUAUGGUUUUGUGAUUAUUGAUUGUAUAACAUACGUAAUUUUGUAGAACAUAUUAGACCUUCACCAUUAGUUUUUCACCACUAACAGUGUCGACAUGAUGACUUCAUUUACCAUAUGCACCAAAGUGGUUCAAUUCAAUAUGGAAAUUCUUUGUGAACUAUAAGCACUGUAAUGUGGCAUUGGUGGGAAUCCUGAUCAGUCUGUAUCAGUGACACUUCUCUGGCUGUUUUUGAGCAUGCCAGUCCUUCUGUACACACUUCACUAUAGCAAAACACUGUCACUGGACUGUGAUGAUAAUCCUUGAUGAAUUUCCACGCCUCUUACACUUUCAGCCCAUAAAAAUCAAAUGACUGCACGCUGCUCUACUUUUGUACAAGUGGUAAGUGGAGCACCAGUGUAAGGCAGAUGAGUGGUGGAGGAGAAGUAUGUUCCUGCAAGAAAGGGAGGUUCUGUGCACAAUCAGCAGUUGGGCCUUAAAAAGAAUUUAAUGUUUUGUGGAUUUUACACCAUUGGUCCAGUGAUUGAGGCUAGCUCUUUCUAAGGGACCCA